AUGUACCUCUUCUCCUACCCUCACGCUCUAAUCUGGCCAAAUAUCUGUCUAAUUCUAACAAUUCUCUGGUGCCUAGCCACCCAAUAUACAGCUCAAUCAAGUGCAGAAUGUGAUGAGAUCAUAGCUCCAGCGAUGAAGAAUUUCUACAAUUUUUCAAUUGAUCAAAUUAUUUACCACGGUGCUAAUUAUUAUGUGAGUUGGUGGUGUUUAGUUAAUUAAUUAAUUAUCUGAAUAUGUAUAAUUUGCAGAGAUUGGAUGGCAGCUUCUACUUCGCUAAUAUGAUCUAUGCAAUAAGUGUGAAUAUUCUCUCAUCCUGGUGUUUUUGCACAAUAAUCUUCUGUGGAUUCUCAACAUACCGAAAAAUGCGAAAAUUAACUCAUGCCUCCCAGAAAACUCUAGACCUUCAAAAACAACUUUUCAAAGCUCUAGUCGUUCAGACAAUCGUCCCAAUGGCAACAAUGUUUUUCCCCGUGUCUAUUUUUCUAAUCGGCCCGUUUUUCAAAAUAACUUUGGGACCUGUUGAGGUUCUUCUGGCGACUUUUAUCACAACUUAUCCACUUAUUGAUCCUUUGAUAGUUUUAUAUUUUGUGAAGGAUUAUCGGGUUUUGAUGUUGCAAUUUUUAAAGUGCGAAAAGAUGGUGGCAAAAAAGUAUACGUCUACAGUUUCCGGAGUUACUGCAACUGUGAUUUCGAUGAAUAACUCAAGACUAUAG